UUACCUUGUUUAUAGUGGCAUGUCAGCAGAGGAGGCUCUUCAAGUGUAUGCACAUAAACGGACUACCAAUAAUGAAGGAGUCUCAAUACCAAGCCAACGGCGUUAUGUAGGGUACUGGGAGAAUACACUUUCUAUUCCUAGGGGAGUUGAUCAUGUCCCUCUAUCUGUGAACUCGCCUGAACCAUGUAGCAGAGAAUUGGUUCGAAUUCGACUUUAUGACACGGUUAACACUGGCUCUGUCUUCUUUGUGGUCUCAGAGUUACAAAAGGUGCCUUACAUCACUACUGCUUUGAUGGAUGCGAAGCUUGGCACGGAAGGCCGCAAAGAUCUUUUUGAUUGGCUAUCAAGGCAACUUAGUGGAUUAAGCAAUUUUCCUGAUGCUGUAAAUCUAAAUUAUGUAUUGUUUCAAAUUGUUAUGCGAGAUGGAUGUGACUUGUGAAUGAAAACUUAGAAUAGUAAUAUUGUGUCGAAUGUUAAUGAAUUAUGUAUUGUGUCGAAUGUUAAUGAUUCAGUU